GUCUCUUUUGUGAAAAGUUGUGUGAAAACGAGGCGCCGCCACCAAAAAAAUCCACUCAAGGAAAAAGAAAAAAAAAAAAAAAGAUAAACUAGGGCAAUUGUUUUGUAACUUGCACAAUUCCUCGCUAUUGAAAUUCAUUUAAAUCAGUGAAAUUAUUUUUCAUUAACAUUAUAAAAUUCAUUCGUGAGUCUGCACAAGUACAUUAAAAUCCAUAAAAAAAAACUCAAAUCCAAGUCACGACGAAAAAAGUAGUGAAGAAAAAAAAAACAAGAAAAAAAGGGAAACAAAAGUGAUAUCGAAUCGAAUCUCUCUUGAAUCGCAAUGUCCUCAAACAUGGCGUCGACCCUGGAGGAGCAGCAAAGCCUUCGCGAGUGUGAAAAUUACAUUCAAACGCAUAAUAUCCAGCGCGUAUUGAAGGAUUGCAUUGUCCAAUUGUGCGUUAGUCGUCCGGACAAUCCUGUCCAAUUUUUGAGGCAAUAUUUUCAAAAGUUGGAAAAGGAACAGGUAAAACUUGAUGCCUCCAAACAGGCAACAAGUCCCGAUGAUUGUGAUGAUCUGAGUCCAAUGCCACAGACUGCUGCGCCACCAGUUCGUCGGCGUGGUGGUAUUUCUGCUGAACCUGUUACCGAAGAAGAUGCCACAAGUUAUGUGAAGAAAGUCGUACCAAAGGACUACAAGACUAUGGCUGCCUUGUCAAAGGCUAUUGCCAAAAAUGUGCUCUUCUCACAUUUGGACGAAAAUGAACGAUCAGACAUAUUCGACGCAAUGUUCCCUGUCACACAUUUGAUGGGCGAGAACAUUAUCCAGCAGGGUGACGAAGGUGACAAUUUUUACGUGAUCGAUAUGGGUGAGGUCGAGGUAUUUGUAAAUUCUGAAAUGGUUACAACAAUUGGUGAAGGUGGCAGUUUUGGUGAAUUAGCAUUAAUUUAUGGCACACCCCGUGCUGCAACAGUUAAAGCUAAAAGUGAUGUCAAACUGUGGGGCAUCGAUCGUGAUUCCUAUAGACGAAUUCUCAUGGGCUCAACAAUUCGCAAGCGAAAAAUGUACGAAGAAUUCCUGUCACGUGUAUCUAUAUUGGAGAGCCUUGAUAAAUGGGAACGACUGACAGUUGCUGAUGCUCUAGAGAUGGUGUCAUUUGAAGAUGGAGAGACAAUUGUAAAACAAGGUGAAGCCGGUGAUGAUUUUUAUAUCAUUGUCGAGGGGUGUGCUGUUGUAUUGCAGCGAAGGGCAGAGCAAGGAGACGAGCCAGCAGAAGUUGGUCGCUUGGGCCCCAGCGAUUACUUUGGUGAAAUUGCACUACUUUUGGACAGACCAAGAGCAGCCACCGUUACUGCUAGAGGUCCUCUGAAAUGUGUUAAAUUAGACAGAGCGAGAUUUGAACGUGUAUUAGGCCCAUGUGCUGAUAUCCUCAAGCGUAACAUUACGCAGUACAACAGUUUCGUGUCACUUUCCGUCUAAAUUGCAUCAACAAAAA